AACACUAGAGAAGCAUCAAUAUUUCCUCAAUUGAGUAUCACAGAAUUUGAAUACCAAGGUACCAAGAGCAAAUUUCUUGGAAGAGAAAGAAGAGAAAUGGCAGAGAGCGCUGUAGGCUUUCUACUCGAACAUCUUACAUCCUUGAUAGAAGAAAAGGUGAAGUUAUUGAAGGAUGUGGAUAAAGAUGUCAAGAGCAUCACAGAUGAAUUGAAAAGCAUCCAAGCCUUUUUAAGAGAUGCUGAUACACAGAGUGAAACCAAUGACACUGUAAAAGAUUGGGUGGCGCAAGUGAGGAAUGUGGCUUACGACAUAGAAGACGUUCUUGAUGAAUUCAUGCUUCGAUUUGCACAACGGGGACAACAACAGCGGCAACAUUGCUUGCAUAGAUUCAUAAGCUAUCUUCAGAAAACCAUCUGCUUCCUCGAGACCUUCAAAAUCCGCCAUUCACUAGCCACUCAAAUAAAGGAGAUUAAAGACAGAGUACAUGACAUAUCAACUAGAAGAGAUCGAUACAAAUUGAGAAGCCUAGAACAAGCUUCAGCAGGUUCAAAUUCUACAGGUGUUAAGUGGCAUGAUAUUCGAGAAGAUGCCCUUCUGUUGGAUGAAGCUGAGCUGGUAGGGAUUGGCAAGCCCAAGGAAGAAAUAAUUGGGUGGAUUGUGGAGGAUGAAUCAAGGCUUGGAGUGAUUUCUGUGGUUGGCAUGGGUGGUUUGGGCAAGACAACUCUGGUCAAGAAGGUGUAUGACGACCAAAGGGUGAAGAGACACUUCCAAACCCAAGCAUGGGUUACAUUUUCAGAGUCACCUGAGAUACACGAGUUGCUAAUAGAAAUGAUAAAGCAAUUAGUAUAUGCAGAGCAAAAGCAACCAAUUCCUCAAGAUGUUGCAGAAAUGAAAGACGUCCAACUGAAGCAGAGGCUCCAAGAAUUUCUGAAGAAGAAGAGGUAUGUAGUCGUUCUUGAUGACAUAUGGACCAUACCAGCAUGGGAUUCUGUUAAAAAUGUCUUCCCUAAUAACAAUUUUGGAAGCAGAAUAAUUAUUUCAACACGCUCUAAUGAUGUAGCUUCAUCAUGCAUAAAAUCUUAUUUUCGAGUUUAUAAUCUUAAACCGUUGUCCCAAGAAGAGUCCUGGACUCUGUUUUGCAAAAAGACUUUUUCGUUCUCCCCAGAGCAGAUUUGUCCUCCAGAAUUGGAGGUGCCAUCUCAAAGCAUUGUGAAAAAAUGUGGAGGACUUCCACUUGCAAUUGUGACAGUGGGCGGUGUUUUAUCAACCAAACAGAAGACCACAACAGAAUGGGAGAUGUUCAAUCACAGCUUGGGUACCGAUUUGUUUGAUGAUGACAGACUUAAGGGCAUGAUGAAAAUACUAACUUUGAGUUACAAUGAUUUGCCAUACCAUCUGAAGUUUUGUUUUUUGUCUCUGUUUAUGUUCCCUGAAGAUGAAUUGAUUGAAAAAAUGAGACUGAUUCGUAUAUGGAUGGCAGAAGGAUUUAUCCGAAGAAAAGAAGGAAAGACCUUAGAAGAGGUUGGAGAGAGUUAUUUCCAUGAGCUAAUUAAUAGGAGCCUCCUCCAAAUAGCAAAAACAGAUGACGAUGAUGGACGAGUCGAAGCUUGUCGAGUCCAUGACCUCAUUCGAGAAAUCAUUCUUUCAAAAGCUAGGGACCAGAAUUUUGGAGCCAUAAUUAAGCAGGAUGUAAUGUUAGAAAAUGAAAAAAUCAGGCGUCUAUCCUUCCAUCAUUUUUGUGAAAUGGUACCGCAACAGGAGAAGAGCACCACCCACCUUCGUUCUCUGUUUACGUUUAACGUGAAUACAUUAUCCAACACAUUUACAGGUGGUGAAAUUUUUUCAAAGCUUAAGCUGCUCAAGGUGUUGGAUUUGAGAGAUGCCCCAUUGAGUGAAUUUCUAGAGGAAUUCACCAAUCUCUUCCAUUUAAGAUAUUUAAGCUUGAGGAACACCGACAUCAAAGAGAUUCCAGAUUCCAUCAAGAAGCUCCAAAACCUUGAGACCUUGGAUCUUAAACAGACAUAUGUGACUGAAUUGCCCACGGGGAUUCUCAACCUUGAUAAACUACGACAUCUUCUUGUUUACCGCAAGGAAUUGGAUUUCUCUAGUCACCUUCCUCAAUAUUCAGGAUUCAAGGCACCAAGUGGAAUUGGAGGUUUGGUAUCCCUGCAAAAACUUGACUACAUAGAAGCAAAUACGGGGAGUGAGCUAAUUAGGGGGCUGGAGAGAUUGGUCCAACUGAGACGACUGGGGAUUGUAAAGUUAAGAAGAGAAGAUGGAAUACAUCUGUGUUCCUCUAUUAACAAAAUGAGACACCUCGAGUCCCUGGGUGUACAUGUAAUAGAAGAGGAAGAGAUUCUUGACCUCGAAUCACUUUCUACGCCACCUCCUUUACUAAGACGGAUAAUGUUGAAAGGGCGAUUAGAGAAACUGCCACGUUGGAUUCCUUCAUUGCACAAUUUGUUCUGUAUAUGCUUAUGGGGGACUAAAUUGAAGGAUGAUCCACUUGAAGCCUUAGAAGGUUUAUCUAACCUAAUGACCCUUUAUCUGAUUGAGGCUUACCGAGGAGAACAAUUACAUUUUCAAUCAGGUAGGUUUCAGAAGCUUAAAGUUCUAUAUCUUCACAGUUUAGGAGGAUUGAGAGUGAUUACAAUGGAGGAGAGAUCACUGCCUCAUCUUGAAAAGCUAUAUAUUGUAAAUUGUAGAAUUCUAGAGGAAGUGCCAUCAGGCAUUGAACGCCUCACGGAGCUUGAGGAACUUUCCUUUCAUAACAUGCCCGAUGAAUUUCAUCUGAAGAUUUCGUGUAAUGGCGAAGAUCAUCACAAAGUUGCACAUGUCCCAUGCGUUCUUUUUUUAAAUUGGAUUGAUGGAGAAAUAACGAAAUAUGAUAUACACGAUGCAGCAAGGCUCUCCUGAAUCCUGAUCGGGCAAAUUUGGUAAGUACCUGCCACUUUCCUCUUCAGAUGAAAUUCAUGAGGCUGUCUUUGGUUGAAUAAAACAAUAUGGAUGUCUUUGGUUGAAUUAAACAAUAUGGAGAUGGAAUUAAACAAUAUGGAGACGGAACAUGAGGCUGUCUUUGGUUGAAUAAAAAAUAAGAGAGAAAUAUAAAGUUGAUGUAAAAGUCCUUGAGAGAAAUUUCACUCCCUCAACUUUUUGUUUCUUUUUUAUUUUCUAUCAGACCAUGCCCUUUUGGGUCUUUUUGGCUUCCAAGUUCCAACCAUACCUUUUUGGGUUAUUUCUUCUCAAAUCAAAUAGGGUAGUAUACAUGAAUCCUGUUUACUGAAGUACAAAUAUAUAUAUAAUGUGCUUCAAAGGAAAGGAAGAUCCUGCUUAUACUUUAUUCAUCUAUUUAAGUAUUUAUUGUUGGAGUGAA